AUGGGUCAGAAUCAGCAAGGACAGGCACAGGAUGACACGGAAGUGGAGACCGACAUCAUCCACGACCUCUACAAGUCUUUCAUCAUGGAGUGCCCAAGUGGAUCUUUGUACCUACACGAGUUCAAGAGGAUGUUUGGAGUACAGAGUGGGACACCUGAAGCACAGUACAUGGACAACAUAUUCCGAGCAUUUGACAUGAAUCAUGACAACACUAUGGAUUUCAUAGAGUAUGUGGCGGCACUUAAUCUUGUUCUGCGUGGGAAACUAGAAGAUAAGCUAAAGUGGUCUUUCAAGGUGUUUGACAACGAUGACAACGGCCGACUAGACAAAAAUGAAAUACGGAAGAUUGUCAAGAUAAUCUACAAGAUAAAGAAAGGCUCCGUAUCUGAUGAAUCAGGAAUGGGAAAUCUCACUGCUGACGAGGUGUGUAAGCGCAUCUUUGAAGAGGUCGACGUGAACAGUGAUGGUGAGAUCACACUGGAUGAGUUCGUCGAAGGAGCUCAGAGGAGUCCGUUCCUGCAAAGCUUCCUGCGGCUUGAUGUUAAUCCCAGCAUAUGGGUUCAGAAAUACUUGUGUGACAGGAAACUCACAAGUAGCAAUGAUUCCUGA